CAUAUUAGAAUAAAAACAAGAUGACGGAAAUGUGAAAAGUUGUACACACAUACACAAAAACUUUUAAUUUUUUCUUUUUACUACAAUAGAAUUGUUCAGAAUGAAGGGAAGAUUUAGUACGAUAGAUAUCACAGCCGUGAUACGUGAAUUAUUAAGAUUUGUUAGUAUGCGUGUGAUGAAUGUGUAUGAUGUAGACAACAAAACCUACCUCAUUCGUCUUGGAAAACCGGAUGACAAGGCGAUGAUUUUGAUGGAGUCUGGUAUAAAGUUACACAGUACCGAGUUUGAGUGGCCAAAAAAUCCUGCUCCCUCUGGAUUUUCUAUGAAAAUGAGAAAGCAUCUGAAGGGACGUCGUUUGGAGAGUGUUCGACAGUUUGGAGUAGAUCGUAUUGUGGACUUGGCCUUCGGUUCAGGAGAGGCAGCAUACCAUGUUAUACUGGAGUUGUACGAUAGGGGUAAUAUAGUGUUGACAGAUUAUGAGUACACGAUCCUCAACAUUUUACGUCCUCGUACAGACCAGAGUCAGGAUGUGAGGUUUGCAGUGAGAGAAACAUAUCCACUAGAUAGCGCUAAACAACAUGAGCUACCCACAGAAGAAAAACUAAGGGAGAUAAUCCUUCCUGGAAAAGUAGGUGAUCCACUGAAGAAGCUGCUGAUCUCUCAUUUAGAUUAUGGGCCAGCUAUGAUAGAACAUUGUCUGUUAACGGCCGGAUUCCCAGAGAAUGUUAAAAUUGGUAAAGGAUUUGAUAUCACUAAAGAUAUGCCAAAGUUGCUGAUUGCUAUAGAGGAAGCAGAGGGACUUCUGAAUUUAUUGCAGACACAGAACUCAAAGGGUUUCAUAAUCCAGAAGUCGGAGAAAAGACCAAAUGCCAAGGAAGGGGAACCAACAGAGUUACUUACCUUUGAUGAAUUCCAUCCCAUGCUCUUCAAACAGUAUGAGAAACGACAUGUUGUAGAAUUUGAAUCCUUUAAUAAGGCAGUUGACGAGUUCUACUCCAAGAUGGAGAGUCAGAAAAUGGAACUGAAGACUUUGCAACAGGAGAAGACGGCAUUGAAGAAGUUGGAUAAUGUAAGGAGAGAUCAUGAGAAGAGAGUUGAAGGUUUACAGAAGGAACAAGAAGUUGAUAAAAUGAAAGGACAGCUUAUAGAGAUGAAUCUUGAUCUUGUUGACCGAGCCAUAUUGAUUGUCAGGAGUGCCAUAGCUAACCAGAUAGACUGGACGGAGAUACACAACCUUGUCAAAGAGGCACAGAUGGAUGGUGAUCCUGUUGCCAUGGCAAUCAAAGAUCUCAAACUGGCAACCAACCACAUCACUCUUCUCUUACAGAAUCCAUAUGUAGACAGUGACUUCGAGGAAGAUGAAGAUGAUGAUGAACCUAUAAAACCAAUGAAGAUAGACAUUGACCUGGCACUCAGUGCAUAUGCCAACUCCAGAAAAUACUUUGAAAAAAAGAAGCAAGCAGCUGUGAAAGAACAGAAAACUGUGGAUGCAUCUCAGAAGGCAUUCAAGUCUGCAGAGAAAAAGACAAAGGAAACAUUGAAAGAUGUUGCAACAGCUGCCUCUAUCAAUAAAGUCAGGAAAACACACUGGUUUGAGAAGUUUUUAUGGUUCAUCAGUUCAGAGAAUUUCCUGGUGAUUGGUGGCCGAGAUCAACAACAGAAUGAGCUUAUUGUGAAACGAUACUUGAAACAAGGUGAUAUUUAUGUGCAUGCUGACUUACAUGGUGCCAGCAGUGUAAUUAUCAAGAACAAUACAGGGGAACCAGUGCCACCAAAAACAUUGAAUGAAGCGGGAACCAUGGCCAUAUGUAAUAGUGCAGCCUGGGAUGCAAAAGUGGUAACCAGUGCAUGGUGGGUGUACCCAAGUCAGGUAUCCAAGACAGCACCGUCUGGAGAGUACCUGACUACUGGAAGCUUUAUGAUCAGAGGAAAGAAGAACUACUUACCUCCAUCAUACCUUAUCUAUGGAUUCGGACUUCUUUUCAAGUUGGAAGAAGGAAGUAUCCCUCGUCAUGCAGGUGAACGAAAAAUCAGAACUGCAGAAGAAGAUGAAAUGUCUAUUGCUGAUUCUACAGUAGCGGAAAGCGAAAUUACUAUGGAAACAAUCAGUGAUAAUGAAGUAGACUCUGAUGAUGAAACGGAGCAGAAAGAUAAUGAAAAUGAUGAUGAAACUGAAAUAAAAAAUGCUAAAAAUGUCUCAAAACAGAGUGAUGAAAAUGAGGAAACUGAAAAUAGUGCUAGUCAACAGGUUAAAGUUGAGACUGAAUGUGAUGUGGAAAGUGUUGUGAAGGAAGAAGAAAUCUGUGAUAAUACAACCAGUGAUAGAACUGUUGAUGGUGUUGACACCAGUGAAGAUAUAAUUGUUGGGAGACAGUGUGCACCUGUGAAUCCACAACAAAAUGUGGAGUUCCCAGAUACAGAGAUCAGUCUGCAUCAUGUGAAAGGAGAUAAGUAUGAGUUAUCAAGAAGUAUAUCCCAACAGAGCUCUGGAAGUGAUCAGAUAUUCCUCGGUGAUAAUCAGGUCGUUACAUUUGGAGAAAAGAAAUCAGCAACAGGGCCAAAAUUAUCUGCAAAACAGAGACGUGAAAUGAAGAAGGCUAAAAAGCAAGGGCAACAGAUGGCUGUACAAAAUGAAGCUGAAGAGGACAGGGAUGAAGUGUCGUGGCUACUGGAUGACAGCCAGGGCAGGGGUAGAAACAAGGCAAGGAAGGAGGAGAAAGAAACGCAGGAGCAACAACAGCAACCUAAAAGAGGGCAGAAGGCAAAGAUGAAGAAAUUGAAGGAGAAAUACAAGGAUCAAGAUGAAGAAGAAAGACAACUCCGUAUGGAAAUACUUGCUUCUGCAGGCAGUAAGAAGGAAGAUAAAAAGAAGAAGGGAAAGAAGGAUGAAAAGGGACGCCCACAGUCGGCAGUGGAUAAGAAACCCCAACAACAACAGAGGAAAAAGCCAGAACUUGUUGAUAUCAUUAUAAAAGAUGUUGAAAGCACAAAAAUAUCAGAGGGUCCUGCCAACAACAAGGAGGCUGUUGAUUCACAGGGCAAUGAAGACGAUGACAAACUGGAAGAUGAUACGCAAACUACUGAUGAUCAGCAAAUAUUGAACUCACUGACUGGUAUACCAAAUAUUGAAGAUGAACUGCUCUUUGCACUGCCAGUCUGUGCUCCAUACAAUGCUCUCACAAAUUAUAAGUACAAAGUCAAGUUGCUACCUGGGUCAACAAAAAGAGGAAAAGCUGCUAAAAUUGCCAUCAACAUGUUUCAAUACGAUAAAACCAUAACACCUAGAGAAAGAGACCUUGUGAAAAUAUUGAAGGAUGUGGACAUGUCGAGAAACAUUCCAGGAAAGGUGAAGGUCACAGCCCCAAAUAUCAGCAAGGUCAAGAGGAAGUGAAUAGUAAAUGAUACAUCCAGCUUCAUAGAAGUGACUAUAAACAAUACAAAAUGUGCAAUUAAUAUAACACGAUUUACUUACACAGAAAAAUAAGUAUUAGUUUACAGUGAAUGGGACUCCCCUCUCGAGUUAUUUCAAAGUUUUAGAGAUUUUGGAAACACACUAAUAUCUUUUAUUACAAAUUAAAAUUGAAAAUAGUGCAAUUGGAUGUUUUGGGCAAUACUUGAUGUUUUGGGCAAUACUUAAAACCUAAGUAAGACAACCAUACAGUAAAAUCAUAAAGAAAAUUCAUUUGCUGUAAAGUGUUCACAACAGUGUACAGCAAGACAUUCACCUUCAGAUAGACAUACCUAUUUGUGAUUCUUGAUAUUCUAGAUAAAAGAAAAUGAAAAGUAGAUAAUAAUCUCACAGAGAGUCCCUUUAAAACAGAUUCCUGUUUUGUUUUUAUUUAUAUUUAUGCAGCAACUUGAAAAAAUAAAGUGGGCUUUUGAAAUACACAAAAUAUGUUUUUGUUUGUUAAAUGUUCACAAGUUUAAGUACAUGCUUUAAUUUUUGAGCUAAUUCUGAUACAGCUAUGAAAUGGUUUCUGUCAUAAUGCUUCAAAAGCCUUUGCCAUUGUCAACAUCUCAUCCCUCCUUAACAAAAGUUUCAGAAGAGAUUUUGCCAGAAAAAAAGAGCUAUUUGGUUUUAAAGUGUCACUAUAUUGCAAAAUUGUGUAAUAAAUUGAAAUAAUU